AUGUCAACUACUCGAAUUCCGACAUAUUUUGUCUCGCAUGGGUCUCCUAUGAUGGCUCUACCGAACGACAACGAAAAGCUCACUCAAGAUUUCUUACGAGAUCUCGGCAAGGACUUGUUGGGGUCUGGUAAAAUAAAGGGAGUCGUUAUAUGCUCUGCUCAUUGGGAAGAAGAUCAGAAUGGACUGCAGGCUCCACGAGUAGCUGUUACGACUGCAAGGCACCCUGAAUUGAUAUACGAUUUUUAUGGAUUCCCUCAUAAACUAUAUGAAGUUGAAUAUCACGCUCAAGGCUCUGAAGAGCUAGGGAAACGUGUGCAAGAGGCCUUGACCGAACAAAACAUCAAUUGUGAUUUGGACAACAAGCGUGGCCUCGAUCACGGCGCAUGGGUCGCGGCGAAGCUCAUGUUUCCAGACUCGGGUCCAACCAACGAAACUACUGUACCGAUCGUACAACUGUCUCUCUCCUCGUCGCUGGAUCCAGACUUCCACGUUGCUGUUGGCAAAGCUAUCAAGCCAUUGCGCGACGAAGGAAUCCUAAUUCUAGGAUCUGGUGGUGCAGUCCACAAUCUACGUCAAUUGUUUGGUCCAAAAGCUUCAUGGUCGACCGGGUUCAUUGAGGCCUUGACUGAGGUUUUCACAGCCCACGGUGAAGAUCGAAGGAAAGGCGUUGCUGCUCUCACCAAGCUACCAGUAUUCAGGAUGGCACAUCCGAGGGCAGAGCAUUUUAUGCCUGUGGCUGUGGUGAUUGGCGCUGCGGAUGAUUUGGAGGAUGGUACUGUUGUACACGAGAACUAUCCAGACUUUGCUCCAAAUUUAGCUCUACAUGCGUUUAAGGUUGGCACAUAA